UCCAGCUUUCUGCUGCUCUAGCUUCGCUCAGUCCAUGUCCUGGACCCUGGUCUGCUCGAACACACAAGUCUAUCAGGAAGCAGAAUUCACAGUGUACGGGUACACUACUUAAGUCUUUAAGUAUGAGCUUCUGUAGGCGUCGGCGAAAGGAGGUAAAUAGCGACUCGGAUAAUGAGAGGCAAGAGCAAACUCUACCUCCGAAGUGGCUACCUCCAAAGUGGAUUGAAAAUAUACUUACAGAGGGACUUUUCUUGUGGUGCGUGUUGUCGGUAACAGUGGACCCAUUGUUCUUUUACGUUCCGGUGAUUAAUGAAGAAAGAAAGUGCGUUGCUUUAGAUAGAAGAUUAUAUAUCAGAACAACUUGUUUGCGAACUGUUCUGGACUCGAUUUUGCUUGUGGAUAUCAUUUUGCAAUGUCUUCGUCAUUUUGCAAAAUCGGAACAGGAUUUUGCUUGUGGAGGAAUACUGGAAUCCUGCCAAAAUGUAUCGGAACGGGCCGAAAUGACCGGAACGGAAAAUCCACCUAAACUAUUAACACUAUUACUGUUCCUGUGCCGAUUACUGUUCCGGUACCUCAAAUUUCGAUCGGAAUUGUGGUCAUUGGUGAUUGACGUCCUGGCAAUUCUUCCAGUCCCACAGUUGCUACUUCCAAUUAUCUUUUCAAAACUGGGAGGUUCCGAAUCUUUGAACAAAAGGAAAGUCUUGACAGCUGUUGUUCUAUUCCAAUAUCUGCCAAGAGCUAUUCGUAUCUACCUGUCAUCAGUCUCAUGGAGAAAUGCAUUCACCCACGACGGCGGAUCGAGAGACAAACUAUCUAAAAGCGUCAUAGCAGUGAAAGCUGGAUUCAACUUGUUUAUGUUCAUUGUUGCCAGUCAUAUAUUGGGUGCUUUUUGGUACUUUUUCUCUGUCGAGCGAGAGACAGCUUGCUGGCACCUCGCCUGUGAAAAUCAUAUUGAAUGCGAUCGAAGUUCUUUUGACUGUAACCAUGGAAGUUUUCGCAAUCACACAUUUUUAAACGAUUAUUGUCCUAUACAAACCCCAAAUACAACGGUCUUUGAUUUUGGAAUAUUCCAAGGAGCGCUUCAAUCUGGUACAGUGGCGUCCAUGGAUUUUCCACGAAAGAUCUUGUACUGCUUCUGGUGGGGCCUCCGAAAUUUGAGUUCUUUUGGUUCAAACCUUCAAACAAGUCCGCAUAUCUGGGAGAACUGCUUCGCAGUUUUAACUUCCAUCUCUGGCUUGCUACUAUUUAUGUACUUCCUUGGACGUUUGCAGAUGUAUAUGCAGUGGGAGACAAAUAAGCAGUUGGAGAAAGAUCGGCAAUGGGAGGCAUAUAAGCAGUUGGAGGUGGAGUUGGUAGCUGCUCUGUAUAGGCAUCAGGAGGUAGCUCAGCAAAAGCAGCAAAGGCGGGAGGAAGCUCAGCGAAAGCAGCAAAGUCUGGAGGAAGCUAAGCAACUUGAAGACUUUAUGCAGCGGUGGAAAUUUAGGAUGAAAGCCAGAAGAAAUAAAAUAAUUGAAUGGAUAGACAGACAACCGCGGCUUCACCGUUACGAAAUUAAAAAGAAGAUCAUAUGCCUGGUAGACGGAAUGUUUAAAGAAAAAGAAAAGCAGAUCAUGUCUGAGGCAGGAGCAAAUCUUGUUGCCGCAGAAAGCAAAAUAUCUCCUAGUGAAUAUGAAGAUAUUGAUGCAGAGAAUCCGUUGACUCAUCUUCCCCUGUUCAUUAGAAGAGAUAUUCGGCAGCAUCUCUGCUUACCCCUACUACAGAAAGUGCCAUUUCUUCAGAUGGUGAGUGAAGAUACGUUGAAAUUGAUUAGCAGAGGCUUUCUCAAGGAAGUGUACUACAAUGAGAACAGUUACAUUGCUCGGGAGGGAGAACCACUUGAUGCGUUGCUCUUCAUCACGCAAGGCAUCGUUUGGACCUAUACAUCUAGUCCUGAUAAUCGUCAAACUGGGAUUCUUAAAACCGAUGACUUCUAUGGAGACGAACUGCUAGAAUGGAUGCUCCAGUCCCCCAACAGGGACUUCGUGCCGGAUCCAUCCAACCUCCCCUUCUCGACUAGGACUCUCAGAUGCCAUACAAAAGUCGAAGCUUUCGCUCUUACGGCCGGCAACAUACAGCAUCUGCUAGAUCAACACUGGAAGAAGUUUAGGAAGUUCAGAUUUGACAGGCUCAUCCGAACUUUUCUCGGUCCUAAUAUUCAAGCAGCGGUUCCCCAGACACUUGAUGAGUCUGACCAGAAGGCUAAGAAGGCCGCAAGCUAGUCGCCGAGGUUGGGUAACACUACUUAGGCAUCGACAUAAACCUUCUAUUCAUGCCGCGCGUUGGUGCAUUAGUACGUACCGUGUUGUGCUCGUUACCUAAAAGUUAAGACUGCUUAAAAUCCAGUUGUGUAUAUCGAACAACGGCAGGUCGUUUAAGAUAGACAACUUCGAAUUAUGCUGCAGGAUGUAUAAUAAAUGCUCCACUGGGUUUUGGAGGGAUUCGAUUGCUAAUCGUUUUCUGUGAAUGGUUAGAUCAGUAGAUCAAAAAUAAAUGUUUGUCAGGUAACAAAAUUAUA